GUUGUUUUUUGCCUUUUGAGAGUGUGAAGUCUGACGGACUGAAAUCUGCUCACUGAAAGAGGAAACAUUUAUCCUCACAGCUCAAACUCAAACUGUGGUUUUUGAAACAUGGGAGUUCAUUACUGGCUGGAAAUUCUGGUGGGCGUGGCCUUUUUGUUAUGGCGCGGCCAAUGUGACGUGAGCUGCAAAGGAACAGAUGGACAAUCGGGUGUGGCGGGAGCUAAGGGCCGAGACGGAUGGGCUGGCCUGAAGGGAGAGAAAGGAGAGCCAGCCGUGACGAGCGAUGGUCCUGUCGAUCCUGCUGUUCUGCUCAGGCUGAAGGGGGUGCCGGGGAGUCGGGGCUUGCAGGGGGUGAUGGGCCCCAAAGGUUAUGCCGGAGAGCUGGGAGCAGCAGGUUUACCUGGGUUACCAGGUAAACCUGGACCCAGUGGAAUGAGUGUCAGCCAAGGCAGUGGCUCUGCCUCUCAUGCUCAGUCCGCUUUCUCCGUCAUCAGAAACUCGACCACCUAUCCACCGUACAACCAGAUUGUCACCUAUGAGAGAGCGCUGGUCAACAAACCCAAGGACUUUAACCUGGACACGGGUCACUUCACCUGCAGCAUUCCUGGGUUUUAUUACUUUGUCUUCAACUCGGCUUCAAAGGUCAGUUUGUGUCUGCGCAUAGCGAGUGAUGCUCUGGUCAACAAGCUUGGAUUCUGUGACUACAAAAAGCACCACGAUCAGUUUCAGGUGAUGUCGGGGGGUGUGGUCUUGCAGCUGACUGCUGGACAGAAGGUUUGGCUGGAGUCUUUUAAGGAAAACCAGGAGGAUUCUGAAGUACGAGAUGUGAGAGAGAAACAAAUCAUCUUCAACGGCUUCCUGAUUUUCCAAAAUCAGCAAUAACAGAUUAAUAUCAUCAAAGUGUCUGGAGAGGCUUUGUUGCUUUAUGACAUCAGCAACUAAAAAUCUGAGUUAAGUGUUGUUUUUGAAGGUUUACGAGUAUUUGAAACAAACGUCUUCAGCUUUGGUCUCAAACGCUGAAUAUGAGAAUCAGCUUUCUAAAUGUUUAUGUACAUUCUAUUCAAAUAAAUGGAAUUUUAUCAAACUUUACA